AUGUAUAUAUUCCAUCAGAAAACUGAAAAACCUGAAACCAAGGACAAUGUCAGCAUAGUGGCAGAGAAUUUAGACAAGAAGGAUACAAUUGAUAUCGAAUCAAAGGAAGGAACAGAUACCAAACAAUUGACUGAUAUGAAGAUACCAAAGUCAGAAACGGAAGGUGUGCCAAAAGAUGAAUCUUUAAAACCAAAAGCCAGAGUAGUAAUAGGCAGAACCGAAGCACGUGAUGAGUGUAGUCAAGAAGAGAUACAGACAAAAGCAGAUGUUACAGUGAAGUGUAACACAGAGGUGCAAACACCAGAAUAUGUUAAUGUAGAAACACUAGAAAUAAACACCAAUAAUUAUACUGAGGAACAAGAAGUUCCGACAUCUCAUGCCAAAGAGAAAGAAGGGACUCAAGAUAAUGCUAAGUGCAGCCAAGAGGAAGAAGCAAAAGGGAUGGAAGAACCAACAAAAACAUUGUUACAGGAGGAAGAAUUCCAGGCAAGAACACUCACUCCUGCCUCUGUACAACGAGAUACUAAUCAAAUUCCAGAGCAAGAAACAUUGUACAUUGACAAAUCAGAAUUGAUUGAUAAUCCCAUGCAGGGCUGCAUACCAAAAAUGGCACAAGACACAAAAUCUACUGAUGUUCAGGAAACUGACAAACCAGAACCCAAGGACAAUGUCAGCAUAGUGACAGAGAAACUAGACAAAGAGGAUGCAAGCUACAUCAGAUCAGAGGAAGGAACAGAUGCCAAACAAUUGACUGACGUGGAGAUACCAAAGUCAGAAAUUGAAGGUGCAUCAAAAGAUGAAGCUCAACAACCAAUAGCCAACACAGUAUCAGUGGGAAGCAAAGUAGUUGAUGAGACUAGUCAAGAAGAGAUACAGUCAGAAGCAGAUAUUAUAGUAAAAUCUAAUAAAGAGGGGCAAAGGCCAGAAUAUGCUACUAAGGGAACUUUAGAAAUAAACACCACUAGUUAUUCUAAGGAACAGGAAGAGCUUCCAAUAUCUCAUGUCAGUCUGAAAGAAGGAAUCGAAGAUGACGGAAAAUUUAGUCAAGAGGAAGAAUCAAAAGGGAUUGAAGAAGAUCCAAAAGCUCAGGAGGAAGAACUCCAGACAAGAUCAACCACUCUUGCCUUUGUCCAAGGUGAUACUAAUCAAAUUCCUCAGCAAGAAACACAGCACAUUGAUGAAUCAGAAGUUUUUGAUAAUGCCAAGCUAAGUUGCAUACCAGCAAUUGAACUUGACAGAAAGACCACUGUUGUACAGGAAACUGAAAAUCCUGAAACCAAGGAUAAUGUCAGCAUAGUAGCAGAGAAUUUAGACGAUAAGGAUGAAACUGAAAUCAGGGCAGAGGAAGGAACAUAUACCAAACAAUCGACUGAUGUGGAGAUACCGAAAUCCGAAAGAGAAGUUGGAUCCAAAGCACUUGCUCAGAGUAGCCAAGAAGAGAUACUGCCAGAAACAGAUGUUAAUGAGAAAUCCAACAAAGAGAUGCAAACACCAGAAUAUGUUACUGAUGAAGAGUUAGAAAUAAACACCACAAAUUACACUGGGAAACAAGAAGAGGUUCCAAAGUCUCAUCCCAGAGAGAAAGAAAGGAUUGAGGAUAAAUUCAAUCAAGCAGAAGAAGUUAAAGGAAUUUCAGAAGCAGCAGAAACGCCGGAGGAAGAAGUCCAGACAAGAUCAUCCACUCCUGCCUCAGUUCAAGGUGAUACUAAUCAAAUAUUGCAGAAGAAAACACUACAAGCUGAUGAAUCAGAAGUAAUUGACAAUGCCACUAUUGUUCAGGAAACUGAAGUAUCUGAAACCAAAGACAAUGCCGAAAGAGCAAUAGAGAAUUUAGGCAACGACACAAGUGAAAUCAGAGAAGGAAAAGAUGUCAACCAAUUGAACAAUUUGGAGAUGCCAAAGUCAGAAACUGAAGGUAACUAA